CGCGACGACGCCUUUUUUGGCGAGGCGAACCCCACGAAGUAGAAAUGACCGGGCGUAAACAUGGCGUCUGCCUUGGACGAUGAUGAGAUCUGCAAUGAUGAUUACUAUUCCCUUCUAAAUGUCCGCAGAGAGGCUACCCAGGAGGAGCUGAAAGCAGCAUACAGGCGCCUGUGCAUGCUGUAUCAUCCAGAUAAACACCGGGAUCCUGAGCUAAAGCGACAGGCUGAGACGCUUUUUAACCUUGUACAUGAAGCUUAUGAAGUGCUUAGUGACCCCCAAGCACGAGCCAUCUAUGAUAUCUAUGGCAAGCGAGGGCUUGAUGUGGACGGAUGGGAGGUGGUGGAGAGGAAAAGAAGCCCUGCCGAGAUUCGGGAGGAAUAUGAGCGCCUUCAGAGGGAGCGAGAGGAGAGAAGGCUUCAGCAGCGGACCAAUCCAAAGGGAACGAUAAGUGUGGGCAUAGAUGCCACAGACCUCUUCGACCGGUAUGAAGAGGACUACGAGGAUAUGGUUGGAGGCAUCCCACACAUAGAAAUCAACAGGAUGCAAAUAUCACAGUCCAUAGAGGCUCCUCUCACUACAAAAGACACGGCCAUUUUGUCCGGCUCUUUGUCAACCCACAACGGGAACGGAGGUGGCACCAUUAACCUGGCUCUGAGGAGAGUCACCUCAGCUAAAGGGUGGGGUGAGGUAGAGUUAGGAGCCGGAGACUCUCACGGACCUCUCUUUGGAAUGAAGAUAUUUCGUAACUUGACGCCUCGAUGCUUUGCAACGGCUCAGUGCGGCCUGCAGUUUUCGUCCCGUGGCGUGCGUCCCGGGGUGACAACGGUGCUGGCUCGCCACCUCGACAAGAACACUAUGGGCUACCUGCAGUGGCGCUGGGGAAUCCAAUCCUCUAUGAACACCAGCAUAGUGAGGGACACGAAGAGCACCCAUUUUACUCUCGCAGUCCAGCUUGGCAUUCCUCACACUUUUAUGAUGAUGAGCUACCAGUACAAGUUUCAGGAUGAAGACCAGACAAAGAUUAAAGGCUCAGUAAAAUCGGGUUUCUUUGGGACUGUGGUGGAAUACGGCGCUGAGAGGAAGAUCAGUCGACACAGCGUGGUGGGGGCCACCGUCAGCGUGGGAGUGCCACAGGGCGUCUCCCUCAAGAUCAAACUGAACAGAGCCAGUCAGACAUAUUUCUUCCCUAUUCACCUCACCGACCAACUCCUGCCAAGUGCAGUGUUCUACGCCACAGUUGGACCUCUGGUUUUCUACCUCGCCAUCCAGCAGCUUAUCAUUCGACCCUACGUGCGGGCCCAAAAGGAACAAGAGUUGGAGAAGCACAGGGAGAGCUCAGCCUCUAAUAUAGCCAAGAAGAAACAGGAAGCAGAGGCUGCUGUUUUGCUCAUGCAGGAGUCGGUCCGCAGGAUCAUUGAAGCGGAAGAGUCUAGAAUGGGUCUCAUCAUUCUCAACGCCUGGUACGGCAAAUUUGUGACAGACAAUAGCAGAAAGCACGAGAGGGCAAAGGUCAUUGAUGUGACCGUGCCGCUUCAGUGUCUGGUGAAAGACUCCAAGCUCAUUCUCACUGAGGCCUCAAAGUCAGGACUCCCUGGCUUCUAUGACCCCUGUGUGGGGGAGGAGAAGAGCCUGAAGGUGCUGUAUCAGUUCCGUGGAGUCAUGCAUCAAGUCCUGUCAGGAGACACAGAACCACUCAGGAUACCAAAGCAAUGUAAGUGUCCUGCACAGAACAACGCCUUGCCAAAGUUUUCAUAAACCCAUUAACCUUCU